CAUACAAGUACUUGGGAGUAUAGCUAGACGGUGCCCUGUCCUUCUCUCAGCACAUAUUAAAGCUGCAGGCUAAAGUUAAAUAUAGUCUUGGUUUCCUCUAUCGUAAUCGCUCCUCUUUCACCCAGCUGCCAAACUAACCCUGAUUCAGAUGACCAUGCUAGAUUUCGGAGACAUCAUUUAUAGAUCAGCAGCUAUGUCCAAUGUUCCUCCACACAAACUCCACCAGCCACACCUGGCCCUUCAGCGCCAUCGCUGAACUAAUAGACAAUGCCUAUGAUCCUGAUGUUAACGCCAAGCAGUUCUGGAUUGAUAAGACCCAGAUCAAAAAGCAAGACUGCCUCAUCUUCAUGGACAAUGGAAGUGGAUUGGACUAUGAAAAGAUGCACAAGAUGCUCAGCUUCGGUUACAGUGAUAAGAGAGUCAUUAAUGGCAAGCACCCGAUUGGUCUCUAUGGUAACGGCUUCAAGUCCGGGUCCAUGCGUCUGGGGAAAGAUGCCAUUGUGUUCUCGAAGUCGCAAGAUGGAGACACCAUGCAAGUAGGCAUGCUCUCCCAGAGCUACCUGGAACAGAUCAAAGCAGACGAGAUCAUUGUGCCCAUCAUCUCCUUCCAAUGUGUCCCACACAGACAGUAUAAGUUCAAUGUGAAUGAGAAGCACAAGGCUAGUCUGCAGGACAUCCUGCACUACUCUAUCUUUAAUACGGAGAACGAGCUGCUCGAAGAGCUCAAAGCCAUCAGCUCCACAGGCUCCUCGGGAACACGCAUUAUCGUCUGGAACCUGCGCAGGACGAUAACACGACCGACAGAAUUUGAUUUCACGACAUUCAGCGACGACAUCAAAAUCCCAUUAGAUGUCCCAUUGGAUGGGUUGGAGAGCACCAGUGAGCAAUACAGAGCAAUACAGUCAGAGCUGCUCACAAAACCAGAGAGUUACUACUCGCUACGUGCAUACUGCAGUAUUCUGUACCUGAAGCCCCGGAUGCAGAUCAUAAUUCGUGGUCAGAAAGUGAAGACUGAGCUCAUCUCCAAGAGCCUGGCUUGCAUUGCUAAGGACCAUUACAAGCCCAACUUUGUGAACAGACGCAUCCCCGUGACCUUUGGGUACAACACCAAGUGCAAGGACCAAUACGGCAUCAUGAUGUACCACAAAAACCGCCUUAUCAAAGCCUAUGAGCGAGUGGGCGUUCAACUCAAGGCCAACAACCAAGGUCUCGGGGUUAUUGGGGUCAUCGAGUGUAACUUUCUGGAGCCCACCCACAACAAGCAGGAUUUUGACAAUACUGACAAAUACAGGAAAACCAUCAACAACUUGGGGGUAAAGCUGGAGGACUACUGGAAAGAGGUACGUUUUAAGAGAAACAAAGAAGAUCCUAGCAGCACCACACCAGUGGAAGACACCAUGAAACGUCCAGACCAGAACUGGGUGCAGUGUGACACCUGCCUGAGCUGGAGGAAGCUGCCAGAUGGAAUUGAUUGCAAACGGCUCCCAAAGGAGUGGUUCUGCCACAUGAACCCUGACCCCCAGUUCAGGAGCUGCACGGUAGAGGAAGAACCUGAAGACUUCGAUGAUGACCAACCUUCAUACCAGAAAACCUACAAGCAACAUGAAAGGAACACCAAAAUGAAGCAGGAUAAGAAGCGACAACAGAAUGAAGAUGAGCAGAAGAAGGCAGAGCAGAUGCAGAUGAAGGCUCUGGCUCAGAAGAACAAGACUCUGAAGCACCAGAGGAUCUCUUGCCUCGCCAAAGCAUCCCCUUCAACCCCUUCUCCGGCCCUGUCAACCCCUCCAGCCCCUUCAACCCCUCCGACCCCGUCAAACCCUCCAGCCCCGUCAACCCCUCCGGCCCCGUCAACCCCUCCGGCCCCGUCAACCCCUCCGGCCCCGUCAACCCCUCCAGCCCCUUCAACCUCUACGGCCGCGUCAACCCCUUCAAAUGUUUGUAGUUCAUAUCAUUGCCACAGGGGACAGAGAUUUUCUGUCAAUAAUCAUCAUUAUUCAUUCAAUAGUGCAUCAAGUGAUAAGCCCCCAUACCCUCUCUACAGAAUGAAGAGAACCCAGGCCAUGACCCCUAAAAGUGAGACAAAAAAACCCAGGUUGAAUGGUUUCCACAACAACACCCCCAUGGAGACUGUAUCACCGGCUGCUGAAACAACCAUGUCAUCCACGUCAGUCAUCAUCCCUGUUGACGAUGACGACGAUAACAUCAUGGAUGACGAUGACAUUAUGAUCUUGGAGAUCAACAGCACCCCUAUUCAGAAGAAGGCAACCUUUGACCUUGCCAUGGUAAAAUCAGAGAGCAGGGCCAUGGAGACACCUUCUGGCACUGGCAAUGUUAAAACUAGCUGCACAGGAACAAGCUCUGUGGAGACGGGAACUGCGGCGACCAGCUACUUCCCUCCACCACCUUCUUCAGAGCAGGUGAGCAUCACCACCCAGACAGAGAUCAGGAGCAAAGUGAAGGAUGAAGAUGAGGAGCACAAGGAGAAAAGGGAGAAGGAGGAAAAAGUUAGGGACAGAACCGAACCAGGCCCUUCCACACCAAACCCACCCUCUGCUGGCCCAUCCACACCAGGCCCAUCCUCUUAUGGUCCAUCCGCCCCAGACCCAUCAGACCAUCCUAUGAUUGACUUCCGUAACCUGUCAGAGGCCCAGGAGCAGCAGGACCAGCUGCUGGAGCUCAUGCAGGCUGCAGCCCACGAGAGGGACCAGUUCAAGGAGCAAGUCAACAAGUUGACCUCCCAGCUCCAUAACCUGGAGGGCAGCAUGCAGGAGCUCUCCCAGGCCACUGUGAAGAGAGAGCACUGCCACCAGGCCUGUCAGACUGGAGAAGGAGGGGAAGAAGGAGAGCAGUCGGAGAGGAUUAAGGUUGAGAUUAUAGAGGAGGAGAGGGGCAACCUCUGGUCUCUUUGUGAGACACUGCAGCAGGACGUGGUGGAGCUGAGGAGGGAGAAACAAGAGUGGGGGAGAGAGAAACAGGAGAGAGAGAAACAGGAGAGAGAGAAACAGCUGAGAGAGAAACAGGAGAGCGAGGGAGCUCAGACAUCAGCUGACCAGGCAGAGAGACUGAGGAAGCUUCGGAGGAGCGUUGGUCGUCUCCUGGUCACGUUUGUCCCAGCGCUGGACCUCGAACAAGUAAACUAUGACUGUUCAGUCAUUGACGAAAUCCUCGACCAGGUUCUUACUGACGUGGAGUCCAUGGGGCCUGUGUAGGUGCCUGUGGGCGGGAUAUGGAUGGACGGGUUGUCAACCAUCUUACUCUGUAAGGUGAGGCAAACUUGGGGAUAGUCACAGAUAAUUCCUGCCUACCUUUUUACACUUUUUUAAAUGGUUUUAUAGGUAUUUUUUUACAAACAAAAAAAGGAAAUUAACACAUAAUACCCCAUAAUGACAAAGUAACAACAGGUUUGUAGAGAUUUUUGCAAAUCUAUUAAAAAUAAAAAACAGAUACCUUAUUUACAUAAGUAUUCAGACCCUUUGCUAUGAGACUCAAAAUUAAGCUCAGGUGCAUCCUGUUAAUGUUGAUCAUCCUUGAGAUUGAUCAUCCUUGAUUAGAGUCCACCUGUAGUAUUUUAAAUUGAUUGGACAUGAUUUGGAAAGGCACACAACUUUGAAGGUCCCCAAGAACACAGUGGCCACCAUCAUUCUUAAAUGGAUGAAGUUUAGAACCACCAAAACUCUUCCUAGAGCUGCCUCCCCGUUCAAACUGAGCAAUCGGGGGAGAAGGGCCUUGGUUAGUGACAUAACCAAGAACCUGAUGGUCACUCUGGCAGAGCUCCAGAGUUCCUCUGUGGAGAUGGGAAAUCCUUCCAGAAGGACAACCAUCUCUGCAGCACUCCACCAAUCAGGCCUUUAUGGUAGAGUGACUGGAUGGAAGCCGCUCCCAAGUAAAAGGCACAUGACAACCCGCUUGGAGUUUGCCAAAAGGCACUCCAAGGACUCUCAGACCAUGGUCUGAUGAAACCAAGAUUGAACUCUUUGGCCGGAAUGACAAACGUCACGUCUGCAGGACACCUGGCACCAUCCCUAUGGUGAAGUAUGGUGGUGGCAGCAACAUGUUGUGGGGAUGUUUUUCAGUGGGCAGGGACUUGGAGACUAGUCAGGAUCGAGGCAAAGAUGAGCGGAACACAGUACAGAGAGAUCCUUGAUGAAAACCUGCUCCAGAGCCCUCAGGAUCUCAGACUGGGGCGAAGGUUCACCUUCCAACAGGAUAAUGACCCUAGACACAAAGCCAAGACAACGCAGGAGUGGCUUCGGGACAAGUCUCUGAAUGUCCUUGAGUGGCCCAGCCAGAGCCCGGACUUGAACACGAUCAAACAUCUCUAAAGAGACCUGAAAAUAGCUGUGCAGCGAUGCUCCACAUUCAACCUGACAGAGUUGGAGAGGCUGUAAUUGCUGUCAACAAAAUACUGAGUAAAGGGUCUGAAUACUUAUGUAAAUGUGAUAUUUCCUUCUUUUUUCAUAUAAAUUUGUACACAUUUCUAAAAACCUGUUUUUGCUUAGUCAUUAUGGGGUAUUGUGUGUAGGUUGAUGUGGGGGGGGGAUAUUUAAUCAAUUAUAGAAUAAGGCUGUAACGUAGAAUAAUGUGGAAAAAGUCAAGGGGUCUGAAUACUUUCCGAAUGCACUGAGUAUACAAAACAUCAAGAACACCUGCUCUUUCCAUUACAUAGACUCUCCAGGCGAAUCUAGGUGUAAGGUAUGAUCCCUUAUUGAUUUCAGUUGUUAAAUCCACUUAGUUUAUUGUAGAUGAAGGGGAGAAGACAGGUGAAAGAAGGAUUUUUAGCCUUGAGACAAUUGAGAUAUAUGUAUGUGUAUGUGUGCCAUUCAGAGAGGGGGGGGGGUGUUCCUAUUAGGAAGGUAUUCCUAAUGUUUUGUAUACUUUUUAAAAACUUUUAAAACUUUUAUUUUGUUCCAUGACCAUGGUGGUGUUGUGGAAAUUCUUGCACAGGGACACUCCAGGUCAAUCUGGUAGCUGGUUGAGAGAAUGCCUUGAGCGUGCAAAGCUGUCAUCAAGGCAAAGGGUGGCUAUUAGAAGAAUCUCAAAUAUAAAAUAUAUUUAGAUUUGUUUAACACUUUUUUGGUUACAAUAUGAUUCCAUAUGUGUUAUUUCAUAGUUUUGAUGUCUUCACUAUUAUUCUACAAUGUAGAAAAUAGUAAAAAUAAAGAAAAACCCUUGAAUGAGUAGGUGUUCUAAAACUUUUGACCGGUAGUGUACAUCAAACUCUACUGAUGAGACAUGUUAUCAUCAUAUAAUCAAAAUGAGUCAUGUUACCCUCAGAGGUGUUAUCCUUGUUACUAAUCGAGACAUCCCCUGAGACAGGAUGUCUCUAAAGAGGUUUCUGACACAUGUUAUCCUCUACUGUAGAUAAUGUUAUAGAUCAGCUCACACAGAACUGGCAAACUCAGCUCACAUGCACUCCAUAUUCACACUUACUAGUCCCCUGACAGCUCUCAUUCACUAAAUACUUAAUAGCUCAAUUUCAAUCCUCUUAUUGUCCAAAUUUCAAUCGGCUUAUUAUCCAGAUGUCAAUCUUAAUACUAAUCAUUUGAAUCUAUUUCUUAUCCACAUUUCUAUCGGCAUGAUAUCAAAUUUCAAACUUAUUAUCCAAAUUUCAGUUUAAUAUGUAAUUUCUCACAAUAGCACAACUUUCACAUUCACCUAGUACUAUUACCCAUGUGCAUCUUCAAUGAUUUUCUUGUCAUUACUUGCUAUACACCUUAUGUAUCGUCAACGGUUCUCUUGCCACUACUUGCUAUACAUAUAACACCCCAUAUUCAAAAAUGCCUUGUGUUAUUUUGUAGUGGCUGCAGACCACAUAGACAUUUCUUCUAAAUGCCUCGAGUCAGCAGUCAGUGGGGCUUUCCAUGGUACCGUUACGCCCUCGUCCUAGUUCUCAUAAGACUAGUAAAUAGCCUCCUCUCUAUAAGACUGGGUACCUUUUUUUUGUGUUACUCUCCCUGAUUUUAUUCUAUAUAAAAAAAAAUUAUACUGAUUUAUUUAAAUUGACUUACCAGUUGCCGUCCCUUAAUUGUUUGUGAAUGAUGUGUCUCCUCCUGGGCAGCUCACAGCCAAAUUCAAAUUAAAUUACUAAAAAUAUUUAUGAAAUCACAAGUGCAAUAUAGCAAAACACAGCUUAGCUUGUUGUUAAUCCACCUGGCGUGUCAGAUUUCAAUAAAGCUUUUCGGCGAAAGCAUACCAAGCAUUUAUGUAAGAACAUCUCUCAGUAGACAAAAUAUUACAAACAGCUAGCAGCCAAGUAGAUUGGUCACGAAAGUCAGAAGAGCAAUAAAUGAAAUCACUUACCUUGAAUGAUCUUCAGAUGUUUGCACUCACGAGAAUCCCAGUUACACAAUAAUUGUUCCUUUGUUCCAUAAAGAUUAUUUUUAUAUCCAAAAUACCUCCAUUUGUUUGGCGCGUUAUGUUCAGAAAUCCAUAGGCUUGAGGGGUCCCGACAUCGCAGAUGAAAAUACCAAAUAGUAUCCGUAAAGUGCGUAGAAAGAUGUCAAAUGUUUUUUAUAAUCAGUCCUCAGGUUGUUUUUACAAUAUAUAAUCGAUAAUAUGUAAACCAGAAUGUAGCUUCUUCCAUAGGAGAAAGAGAGAAAAUGGCUGUUGCACAUGAAAAACUCUGCUGGCACCCAGCCAUCCACUGACGUGAUGGGUUCUUUCUCGCUCAUUUUUCAAAAUAAAAGCCUGAAACUAUGUCUAAAGACUGUUCACACCUUGAGGAAGCCAUAGGAAAGGGAUGCUGGUUGAUAUCCCUUUAAAUGGAGGCAAGGCAUCCAAUGGAACAGAGAGCUUUCAGGAAAAACAGCACUUCCUUGUUGGAUUUUCCUCAGGUUUUCGCCUGCAAUAUCAGUUCUGUUAUACUCACAGACAAUAUUUAGACAGUUUUGGAAACUUUAGAGUGUUUUCUAUCCUAAUCUGACAAUUAUAUGCAUAUUCUAGUUUCUGGGCCUGAGAAAUAGGCAGUUUCAAAUGGGUGUUUUUUUAGCCAAAAAUUAAAAUAUAACUCAAUAAGUUAUGGGUGGAAUGUUAUUAUAAGUGUAAUAUUGGGAUGCAAACUCAAAAUAAAAUACAUUUAAACUCUGA